AUGAAGCUUUUCGAGCAAUUCCGCAAAACACUAUCGGACCUGUAUACCAAUACACGUGCCCGACUCCCAUUCUCUGCCCCGAGCAUCAACGAUGAGCGCAAACUCCAACAAGGAAGCUACUUCUUUCCAGCAGAGUCAGACCGCCAUGAAGCGACAAUCAUGGGGUUCCCAUCUCGCUGUUCCCUACCUCCCGAUCAGUACGAUGAUGUUUGCAAAGAACUAGUUCAAUUAGCAGCGGCUAUCACCGAGUUUGAACCUGUUCGCUUGUACGUGCGGCCCGAAGAAAUCCAAUUGGCCAAGAGCCUAGUCAAACCCUGUGUCAAGGACGCAUCCAGGAUAUCUAUCAUCCCUUGCCCAAUCAAUCACUGUUGGGUGCGCGACACAGGUCCCGUCUAUGUACGCGACACAACAGGGUUCUUCCCGAAUCGGCGCUUCGCACUCAAUUUCCGGUUUAACGAAUGGGGCGGCAAGAAGCCUGAAGAUGAUGGGGUCUGUUGGGGUCAGCGAUGGCCCCUGAUGAGCAAGAGUACACUGCAGGAGAACGCAGAUUUUGCACGCUGGGUGAUUGAGCACGACAAUGAUCCCGGUGCUGUCACGCGAAUCGAGUCUCCGAUUCGUGCUGAGGGCGGCGGUCUUGUAACGGACGGCGAGGGAACCCUGCUUAUCACCGAGAGUAGCAUUGUGUGUGAUGUACGCAAUCCUGGGAUGUCCAAGGCUGAGAUUGAGAUGGAGCUGAAGCGGUUACUUGGGGUUGAAAAAGUGAUAUGGUUCCCUGGGCGGCGCAAUGUUGAUAUUACCGAUGUGCACAUGGAUGCCGAGGCGAGGUUUGUGCGUCCUGGUGUGAUCGCUUACUCAAAACCCCACGCUGUUUCAAUUGAACUGUGGCAGGAGCUGUCUGCAGAGAUCCUGGGGAUUCUGGAACGCGAGACCGAUGCCAAGGGGCGGCAGUUGCAGAUCCACGCCAUCGAGGAGCCCGACCCACGAGGCUUGGUCCAGUCAGAUCAGGAUGAGUUGUCAGCAAGCUAUGUGAAUUUCUAUUUUGUCAAUGGUGGCUUGAUUAUUCCAAAAUUUGGCGACGAAGAAAGGGACCAAAAGGCGCUGGAGAUGUUGCAGGGACUGCUCCCUGAGCGGGUGGUUCGGCAGGUGUAUGCUAGUGCCAUUCCCCUUACUGGAGGAGUGCUUCACUGCGUCACUCAACAGGUUCCUGCAAUGAAGAACCAAUGA